AGUUACCAACCUCAAUUAACCAAAACACGUCAAGCACCUCAAGUAAGCAAAGCAUCUCAAGUAAGCAAAGCAUCUCAAGUAAGAAAAGCACCUCAAGUAAGCAAAGCACCUCAAGUAAGCAAAGCAUCUCAAGUAAGCAAAGCAUCUCAAGCAAGCAAAGCACCUCAAGUAAGCAAAGCACCUCAAGUAAGCAAAACAUCUCAAGUAAGCAAAGCAUCUCAAGUAAGCAAAGCACCUCAAGUAAGCAAAGAAUCUCAAGCAAGCAAAGCACCUCAAGUAAGCAAAGCACCUCAAGUAAGCAAAGCACCUCAAGUAAGCAAAGCACCGCAAGUAAUAAGCAAGAGGGUUGUGAAGGGGUAAAAUGGCAACUGGGACUAGCCUUAUUUUGGAUUGGGAAAAUGGGAUUUACUCACUGGGACUGGGAUUUAGCCACUGGGAAUGGGAUGAACAAUUAUAAAAUGGGAAUGGGAUUUCUUUUCUUCAGUGGUCUUUGCUCCAAUAGUUUGAAAUAGAAAAAUAAAAUUUCGUAGCAAUAGACCUUGCACUCCUCAGUAGAGACCAUGAAAUCAGUAUUUUUCGCCUUCGCGCCCGCGGUCUAGCUACCAGGCUUACACAGUUGCAUAGUUACGUUCUGUCAGUUUUCCUGGUCAGCGGACAAGUUCUGCAAGUUUGCAUAUGGCGGGAAGAUAUUGUGAAGGGAAGAUAAAAAUGGCUUUGGAAAAGGUUUCUCGCAAAAUGGUACUAGAAAUCAAGUACGUCAAUGCAAAUAACGCCGUUAUACACACCGAAAACUCUAAAGUUUUGUUGGAUUUAAACUGUAAACUGGUAACUGGGAUUCUGGCAAAAAUUAGCCUGGGAACUGGGAUUUGGGCCAAAUUUAGGCUGGGAACUGGGAUUUGGUACCCCCCUUCACGACCCUCAAGCAAAGCACCUCAAGCAAGCAAAGCACCUCAAGUAAGCAAAGCACCUCAAGUAAACAAAAAAGCACCUCAAGUAAGCAAAGCACCGCAAGUAAGCAAAGCAUCUCAAGUAAGCAAAGCACCUCAAGUAAGCAAAGCAUCUCAAGUAAGCAAAGCAUCUCAAGUAAGCAAAGCACCGCAAGUAAGCAAAGCAUCUCAAGUAAGCAAAGCACCUCAAGUAAGCAAAGCAUCUCAAGUAAGCAAAGCAUCUCAAGUAAGCAAAGCACCUCAAGUAAGCAAAGCAUCUCAAGUAAGCAAAGCACCUCAAGUAAGCAAAGCACCUCAAGUAAGCAAAGCACCGCAAGUAAACAAAGCACCGCAAGUAAGCAAAGAAUCUCAAGUAAGCAAAGCACCUCAAGUAAGCAAAGCAUCUCAAGUAAGCAAAGCACCUCAAGUAAACAAAGCACCGCAAGUAAGCAAAGCAUCUCAAGUAAGCAAAGCAUCUCAAGUAAACAAAGCACCUCAAGUAAGCAAAGAAUCUCAAGUAAGCAAAGCACCUCAAGUAAGCAAAGCACCGCAAGUAAACAAAGAAUCUCAAGUAAGCAAAGCACCUCAAGUAAACAAAAAAGCACCUCAAGUAAGCAAAGCACCGCAAGUAAGCAAAGAAUCUCAAGCAAGCAAAGCACCUCAAGUAAGCAAAGCACCGCAAGUAAGCAAAGCUUCUCAAGUAAGCAAAGCACCUCAAGUAAGCAAAGCAUCUCAAGUAAACAAAGCACCUCAAGUAAACAAAGCACCGCAAGUAAGCAAAGCAUCUCAAGUAAGCAAAGCAUCUCAAGUAAACAAAGCACCUCAAGUAAGCAAAGAAUCUCAAGCAAGCAAAGCA